AUGAGCCAGCAAGCUCCGUCGUCACGAGAAGGCACGCCCAUCAAGAAACCAAAGGGCAAACGCAAGGCAGACAGCAACGAACCGUCCAUACAACAAAAACCACCAAAGAAACCUAGGGCUAAACCAAAACCAAAACCACCUGCAUCCAAUCCUAUAGACUCUCGCGACCCAUCUCCUGCACCACUACUCGACAGCAACGAUUUGGACGACCUGGAUUUGACCGAUGCCGAUGAUGUCGUCGUAAACAAUAACAGAGGAGGCCAAGUCACUUCUGGUGACGAAGGAAUGUCUACUGAGGCUGAAGGAGGUGCCGAUGAUAAGGAUGCAGGAGCUGAUGAUUGGGAUGAUGAGGAUGGUGAUGAUGAUGCUUUUGGAAUCAUGUUGAGGGAUCCGGAUCCAUUGGCUAUGAGUGCUAUAAUGGCUAGACUAUCUCCCGAUCAAAUGUCACGAUACGAACACUUUCGUCGCUCAAAACUUCCAAAGAAUCAUGUCAACAAGGUCAUCCAAAACGUCCUCUCCCAAAAACCACCACCAAGUGCCAGCUUUGUAGUCCAAUCGGCCGGUAAACUAUUCGUAGGCGACAUGACGGAACGUGCUCUCACCGUACAAGCUGAAAUGGGUGACAUUGGAGCUCUGCAACCAAAGCAUUUACGUGAAGCUUAUCGUCGCUAUCGCAAAGGGCCUACUUCUUAUGCUUCGACGUCUACUUCGCUAUUCAAAAAGGAUAAAAAUCACUUGUAA